AUGACCUCUGGAGAAAAGGCUGCUGCAUAUGACCCCUUCGAUCCGGUCGGUCUGCCGGACUCCGACCGAGAGUUAAUUGAUCCCGAUGAUCUGCGACAGUUCGAGAAAGCACUGAACGCCCCCGAGGCGUCCCCGUUGGUGGCCAUCAACGAUUGGCGCCCCAUAAAUCAGCGGGUUCGCAAGUCGCGAGGCCGUCGCCAAACUCCCAAACGAAGCAAAGAUGAGACGCGGGAAGGGGUUCUCUACACGGUCUUGAAGUGGCCGUUCCUCUUCACCGUCUUCGCGUGGAUCUCUGUGCUGAGUUGCGGCUAUGUGCUGGUCCGGGUGUAUAUCUUUUUGUACGAGCAGUGGGUGACCUGGCGCGGCAAGAGGGAGAGACUGCGCCGCGACCUCUCGGCUCAGAACAACUAUGCGGACUGGUUGACGGCCGCCCAGGCCCUGGAUGCUUACCUUGGCACCGAGAAGUGGAAGCAGACCGACGAGUAUGCCUACUACGACCAUCUCACCAUCAACAAAGUGGUGGCCCAGUUGAAGAAAACGAGGCAGGAGGCCGAGUUCGAGAUGCAGCAUGGACGGACUAGUUCCAGUGAUCUGCCGGCCGUCGAAGACCUGCGCACGCUCCUGGAGGCAUGCGUCAAGAAUAACUUCUCCGGAGUGGAAAACCCCCGGCUCUACAGUGAAACCUACUCGGGAACCAAGGAUUUGGUCCAGGAAUACAUCGACGAGGUGCAUGCGUGCAUCCGGUUGGUUUUGGAUAGCCAGCAGGUCGAACGAGAAUCGAAGUAUCAACACUUCAAACAUCUCGACACCAAUUUUGGGCGCACUGCUCUCUGUUUGUCGGGCGGCGCCACAUUUGCUUAUUACCACUUUGGAGUAGUCAAGGCGCUGCUGGACAAUGGCGUCCUCCCGGAGAUUAUAACCGGGACAUCGGGAGGGGCGCUGGUGGCCGGCCUCGUGGCGACCCGCACCGAUGAGGAGCUGAAACGCAUGCUAGUUCCCGCUCUCGCCCAUCGGAUCCGCGCAUGCCACGAAGGCUUUGCCACAUGGGUCCGUCGCUGGUGGCGAACCGGUGCUCGGUUCGAUACGUUGGACUGGGCGCGGCAGUGUAGCUGGUUCUGCCGAGGAUCAACCACAUUCCGGGAAGCCUAUGAGCGAACCGGCCGCAUCCUGAAUGUCACCUGCGUGCCCUCAGAUCCUCACUCACCUACCAUAUUGGCCAAUUACUUAACCUGCCCCGACUGUGUCAUCUGGAGUGCAGUACUCGCCUCUGCCGCGGUUCCCGGCAUAUUGAAUCCGGUGGUAUUGAUGACCAAAAGGCGGGACGGCACACUCGCGCCUUAUUCGUUUGGGCACAAAUGGAAGGAUGGUAGUCUGCGCACCGACAUACCCAUCAAAGCGCUGAACCUCCAUUUCAAUGUGAACUUUACUAUUGUAUCGCAGGUCAAUCCCCAUAUCAACCUGUUUUUCUUUAGCUCCCGAGGGACCGUCGGGCGACCAGUCACUCACCGCAAGGGCCGUGGCUGGCGUGGCGGCUUCCUCGGUACCGCGAUCGAACAAUACAUCAAACUAGACCUAAACAAAUGGCUUCGCGUCCUGCGGCACCUCGAGCUCCUCCCCCGACCGAUGGGCCAGGACUGGAGCGAGAUUUGGCUGCAGAAGUUCAGCGGUACCGUGACCAUCUGGCCGAAAAGCAUCCCAUCCGACUUCUAUCAUAUCCUCUCAGACCCCAGUCCCGAAAGACUCGCCCGCAUGAUUCACGUAGGCCAACAAAGCGCUUUCCCCAAAAUCCAGUUCAUCCAGAACCGCCUGAAGAUCGAAAGCGAGAUCAUGAAGGGCCUCCAACAAGGCUCUGUGACGGGCGGACGACUCCCGUCCCCGAUCCUGUCUCGUCGGUUCCAAAACCCCGAGCAUGAGCUUUCGGAUGCUAUGGUCCAGCGCCUGGAUGAGAGUUACCCUGAACGCAACCGCUCCCGCUACAAGGAUGAGUCGCAUUUCGUCGAGGGGCCCGACGGCAUGUCCCAAUCGACCGCUUCCUCGCGCCCUCAGACCCCGACUUCGAGGCGGGGAAGCUUCAUGGAAGAAAUGCGCCGACAGUCCGCCGUCUUCUUUGAUGACUCGGAUCUGUAUGGCGAGGAAGAUGCGCUGACCACCUGA